AUGCUAGGCAUUUUCCGUUGGAAUCGGUGCACACCCUGACAAGCAUCACACGACAAACAAUAAUUUCAAUUCGGAGAUGUUUCAACCGGAGUAUGAACAACGAUUGCUUCGGGGCGUCGCCGGCGGAAAGAAGGAGUACCUUGAUCUACGCUGCAUUCCCACGCGAGCUGGUAAUCAGUGGAACCGCAACUUCGCCCUCGCUCCAGGAGACUCCUGUGAGUGCCAGAGCUCUUUGUACUCUUGCCUGUUGCGCAACGAGUUCCUGGACGAGAAUAUAACGUCAUUGGAGAACUGCAAGCAAAGCACACAGGUCCAUGCCCAGUCAGAGGAGUUUAAGGAGAGGCAUAACAACCGCAUCUUUGGAUUUGCCAAACACUCUUUGCCGCCUGUGCGUACACCAUUCGCCAACAUUAGCGAGAGCAGCCAACGACUGCUCAGUAUCUCCAAAAGACCCGUGCGCCGCCUGCCACGUCGGCCGUACAAGAUACUCGAUGCGCCGGAGCUGCAAGAUGACUUCUACCUGAAUCUCAUUGACUGGUCGUCGAAAAACACCCUAGCCGUUGGCCUUGGGUGCUCGGUUUAUCUGUGGAGUGCAGUCAGUGGACAGGUGACGCGACUGUGCGACUUCAACAAUGAAGACAACCUGGUGACAGCAGUUAGCUGGCACGGUGAGGGCCGUCAGGUGGCCAUCGGCACCCAGUCCGGAUACGUGACCAUUUGGGAUGCCGAGCGGCAGAAGCAGUUGAACCGACUGGACGGGCACUCGGCGCGUGUAACUGCGCUAGCUUGGCGUGGCAACCGAUUGGCCAGUGGCUCCCGCGACCGCUCCAUUUUGCAGCGAGAUGUUCGUAAUCCCCCCACGCACAUAACCCGCUGUUUGCGCGGACACAAGUUAGAGGUGUGUGGCCUACAGUGGUCGCCCAGCAAUCGCUACUUGGCCAGCGGUGGCAGCGAUAACCGACUGCUGGUUUGGACGGACGACUGGCCAGAGCCCAUUUACGCCUUCGACGAGCACAAGGCGGUGGUCAAGGCGCUCGGCUGGUCGCCACAUAAAUCCGGUCUCCUGGCCAGUGGCGGUGGGUCCGCCGAUCAAUGCUUGCGCUUUUGGAACGUGCUCACCGGGAAGCUGGUGCAGUGCAUCAACACCGGCGCCCAGAUCAGCAACCUGGCUUGGGCUAGGGACUCUCGUGAAUUGGUGACCACGCACGGACACGCGCAGCCACAGGUCAUUGCCUGGCGAUAUCCCUCGCUGAAGCAGGUGGCCAGGCUGUCCGGGCACACGCAGCGGGUACUCCACCUGUCCGUGAGCCCGGACAACGAGUCCAUAGUGACUGGCGGCGCAGAUGAGACGCUUCGCUUCUGGACCGUUUUCACCAAACAGCAAACAUCCAAGGAGACGAACUCUGGGCUCAGUUUGUUCCAAGGCAUAAGAUGAGGACUAAAUUGCGACGUAUUCCUUGUGCUCCGAUGAAUUAUAUUUAUUACCAGCUAAAGUUUCUUAUCUUUCUUGA